GGAGGAGGAAGGACGAGAGGAGGAUCAAAGAGAGGAAUCCAAAUGAGAGCUGGGCAAUCGGGAUCAGCAUAGCAGGCCAGAUUCCUAGUUAGUGUGUUCGUGUGAUUAGGGCGACGGCCGUAGCUAAUGGGGACAGGGCAGGGUAGCGAUGCCGGCUUCGGGACAGAUUACUUGACGAGGCAGCUCAUCGCUCCGGCUGCUCCAUCCGGAUGCGCAACAUUUCAUCAUCAAUCCGUGAACAGGAAUGGGUUUCGCGAUCUCGAUCGAGAUGUUGGAGGCGGUGUCGAGCAGCAGCAGCAGCAGCAGGCUAUCAGGUUGGCAUCGUUCUGGCGACCUCCAGCGGCAAUCAAGCCCAAUCCCAUACACAAUCCCAGCCCCAUCAAGCAGCCCACAUUGGCAGCAGCGCAAUUCCAAGCGCCCGGCAGCUGCGACGACAAGAAGCCAUUGAUGCAGCUGGGCAAGAGUCGCAAUGGGAUCAAGCGAGUGCACGCCUCGUGCAUCAAUCACGGCCAAGCUGAUCGAUGCAUUGGCGAGAGGAUUGCUUUGCCUGUUACUCCGCCACCGCCACCACCUCCCCCAGCGGCUUCUUCUCUCGAUUCCAAGCCUCCAGUCGGACUACUACACGUUGGUGGGUUUCAUCGAGGGUGGAACAGUAGUGAUGUUACGAGCACCCACAUAAAGGUGGAGGCCGAUCCUUUAGCAUCCAGCAAGAAUUUGGGUGGGAAGAAGGAUGCUGGACCGAGUCUUCCAGUUCCAGGCAAACUCUCUCUCAAGCGCUGCAAGCCCACCACUUCAGACGAAGUUUCAAAAAGACUGAAGAAGCCGAAGGUUGAAGCUUUUGGGCAGGACAAGCUCGAGUUCAAGAGAAGCUUGGCGCUUGUGAUCAAAGCUCUCAACGCUCUAUCUUGUUCUUCAUUUGACGAGGACGACGAGGGUGUCUUUGCAAAGACCCAGGUGCAUGACUUGGUACCACCAGAGGAGAGCUCCAUCCAACAUGGUAGCUGCCGAACCAGACGCUCUGUCGAUGCAGAUUGUUCAGAAAGUAGCAACAUCUCGUUCUCGAAUGAAACCACUGGCCAUCCGAGCAAGGACGAGGAGGUCGCUCCCCUUAUACGCUCCAAACGGGGAAGGUCGCAGGCCUUGCCGACGAGAUUACGUGACUCGGUGCUUGCUCCGUUGAAGAAACGUUCCACUCGAGGCUCCAAGCGCGAGAUUGAAGAAAAAGCUCGUCCUGCUGAAGAAGCCCAACAAGCUGGGAGAAAGCACGAUGCAAACUCUGUUACAUCCAGGAGUGAUGGCAUCCAUGAAUCCCCGACAUUGACAUCAGUUGAAGUGCUGAGAAGAAAGGCGGAAGUGCGGUUUUCUCCCGCCGAAGUGGAGGUUACCUCUGUCAUAUCGUCGCAAAAGCUUUCCACGGUCACGGAUGCGGAAACAAUCUCAGAGUGCGAUGGAAAAGCCGCUUUCAUCACCUGUGGCUCACACUCCCUUGAAGAGUUUGACAUUGGAGACAUUGUUUGGGCGAAAUCUGGGAAGAAGAAGGACCCUGUUUGGCCAGCAAAGGUAGUUGAUCCUAUCAAGGAGGUACCGGAGUCCGUUCGAAGGAAAUGCGUCCCAAAUCGGCUCUGCGUUAUGUUCUACGGCGAAUCUUUAGCGAGAGGAGUGAAACGACGGGACUAUGCAUGGGUAAGAAAGGGCAUGAUAUUUCCCUUCGUGGAUUAUUUGGAAAGGUUCCAGAGCCAAACAUCAUUUAACAAGAGUCAGCCCGGUGAUUUUUGGUCUGCCAUUGAAGAAGCAACUCUGGCCGAAGCUGGUUUCGAAGAAUGUGAAGAUGUUUGCAAAAAACCCUCUCACAGCGAAGAUGAGAGCAAAUGCGAAGAUGCUAAGCAAAGGAUAAAUAUUUGUGUCGGUUGUGGAGCUGCUUUGUUCGGAAGGAUAAAAUUGAACCCGGUCCCUGAAGAGCUAUUGUGCAGACAUUGUAAAAAGCUUUACAAAUCAAGGCAGUACUGUGGAAUUUGCAAGAAGGUUUGGCAUCCAAAUGACAAAGGCGACUGGGCUGCAUGCGACAAUUGUGAAAUCUGGGUACAUGCUGAAUGUGACAAUAUCAGCAGCAAGCAGCUGAAGGAGCUGAAACGCUGUACUUACUACUGUCCCGACUGCAGAAACACGCAGAACAUUUCGAAGAAGCGAGGGGCCGACUCAAACGGGAACAAUGGCUCAACAUACGUUCUUCCACGCAAGCUACUUGUGACAUGUUCAGGGUGCGAAGCAGAAUAUUUGCCAAAGCAUCACCGAAUCCUUUGCAAGUGCGAACGAUGUGGUGACGGAAAGCAUAUGCUACCUUCAGAAUGGGAACAACACACUGGAUCUAAGAAGAGAAGGUGGAAGGAGACUAUCGUGGUCAAAAAUCUGAACCAGACUCUUCUCUCCUGGCUACGACUUAUGCUGGAGGGCGGCGCUAUCGGCCUUGCUUACGAUGGUCCUGAACUUUGCACGCCAAACAGCUAUCGUGUGAAGGAACUUUUGACAUGUUUGGAAGCGGCAUACAAACCGGUUGUUCCUAUCUGGACACCUGAAAGGUGUGCUGUUUGCCGAUGGAUUGAAGACUACGAUGUGAACAAGAUUAUUAUUUGCAACAGGUGCCAAUUGGCUGUUCAUGAAGAGUGCUAUGGGGUCAAAGCUUCAGAAAUAAGUGGUUCAUGGGUUUGUCGAGGUUGCGAGACGCCUGAUGCUGUGCGCGAUUGCUGCCUUUGUCCCGUGAAAGGUGGAGCACUCAAGCCUACCACUAUCAAAGGUCUUUGGGUGCAUAUUACGUGUGCUUGGUUUAUUCAUGAGGUGACGUUCAAGGAUGAAGUAGCAAUGGAGCCAGCCGCAGGCAUUACCCGAAUCGAUCUAAUGCGUUUCCGCGAGGCCUGUGCAGUUUGCAAGCAAAUUCAUGGGGUCUGUAUACAGUGCAACAAAUGUAAAACCCUGUAUCAUCCAAUGUGUGCUUUGAGAGCCGGAUAUCACAUGGAGGUUCAAAUUUCCUAUAAGAAAAAUGGUUCUUUUGAGACAAGAAUGAUAACUUAUUGCGCCACGCACAAGGCGCCAAAGCCAGAUUCAUACAUACAAUAUACUACAGACAAGGGUGUUUCACUGGGAAAGAAAGAACGGUUCAGUAAUGGUCAAUCUUCCAAAUCUUCGAGUACAUUCAACUCCUUUCCUAAGAAGCUGUGCGAUGAUCUAGAAAAAGAGUUUCAAAAUUUUCGGCGAUCUAAAAACCCAGCUGCAAGGUGUCAAGUUUAUGGUCAGAACAUGUAUUACAAGAGAAGCAACAGAAGUCCGAUAGCUUACAGGGUGAUGGGAUACAGUCAUCACUCUACGGAAAGCAUAGAUGCCCUUCGGGAUUUUCCGGAACUCGAACAUGAGGACCUUGUUGAUAUGAAGACGAGGUUGUCGUUUUUGGAGAAAACUGAAAAGUCUCGAGUCUGCUUCGGGAAGUCGGGUAUUCACGGUUGGGGAUUGUUUGCGCGCAGGACCAUCGAAGAGGGAGAAAUCGUUGUUGAGUACCGAGGCGAGCAAGUGAGAAGAAGUGUCGCCGAUUUGAGAGAAAAGCGAUACCGUGACCAAGGAAAAGAUUGCUACUUGUUCAAGAUAAGUGAGGAGAUUGUAAUCGAUGCCACUGAGAAAGGGAACAUAGGUCGGCUCAUCAACCACUCGUGCUCACCCAGUUGCUAUGCACGAAUUUUAUGCGUUGAUGGUGAGGAAAGCCGCAUCGUUCUCAUUGCGAAGCGAAAUGUGGCUGCGGGCGAGGAGCUUACAUACGACUAUCAGUUUGAGGAGGAAGACAAGAAGGUUCCUUGCUUGUGCGGAUCCGACUCGUGCCGGCAAUACAUGAACUAGCGGCACAACUUGAUUUUUACAUAAACGAGAGGAGGAUCAAGGCAGCGCUGUACAUUAUCCCCGGAGGUGAGAACAUAUAUAUAUAGAUAUAUACACUAAACUGGAAACUGGAAGCAAGAGAGCAGUCCUUUUAGAACGCAAAGAAGAUCCAACCCAUCCCCCAGCCGAGCAUGAAUCCAGCACCAGCAAGCCCCAGGCCCAACGCAAACGCCACAGUGCAGCGCAGCAGCAGCUCUUCCGGACGAGUAGCACCACCACCUCGUUCCAGCUUCGUCUUCUUGUGGUAGUGGUGGUGCUGGUGGUGAUUCCAUCGCUUGGAAGAAGUCUGGAGCUGCGGGCAGUGGUGGUGAAAGUGGUGGCCGAGUGACUUUGAAGGAAAAGCAGCGUGACACAUCCGAAGGCACAGAUUCUCGGCUUGCAGCGAUACGAGCCACUGCCUGUAGGCCAGCGACAUGGAUGCCUCGCGGAAGAACAGAUGCAUCAGCUCGUCCUUCUCUCGAAACGCACGCACCGCCAGCUUCUCCGCUUCUCGUGCCCGUGUCUGGGAGCGGCACAGCGCCUCGCCAAGCAAAUCAUGCGCUCGGGGCCCGGUCGAAGAUCGAGGACUGUUACUACUGCUGCAAGACCUGCCAAGACAAAAAGAAAAACAAUUGAUAACGCUCAAAACAAAAGGAAAGAUUUCCAACUUACGUUGGUU